AUGCGAGACAUCAAAGUAUCUCGAGUUGAUGUUUCGCUGGGGUGCAAUAGUCUGGCUUGGUCGGCGGAUGGAGAUCUGGCCAUAGGCUCGGUUGGAAAUGUGACGAUAUUUAUACCUGUUCUUGAGGCUACCAACGGCUUCCACCGCACUGCAACAGUUUCGUUUGACCAGCUACCUGCAGGAGAUCAUCCCACGACCGAGAUGUCGAUUUAUGGAUCAGGAAUCCAAACGUUUGCGUCUGAAAUCGCAUGGUCGCCUAGUGGCAUAUCUAAGAGCCGCAGAUGCGUUUUGGCAGUACUGGUUAGCACAGGAAACGCGUAUCUUUUUACAAACUGUCGGCCAGCCAUGGAGGCGGAUUGGAGACUGAAAGUGGCAGUAUCUGAGCUAGUACCCGAUAAAGUUCACUCAAUUGCUUGGUCUCCUGUGGAUGGUGAUAAUUGGGGUCGGUGUAGGCUUGCUCUGGGCUGUCAAUCUGGACUUGUGCACGUCCUCUUAGUAGAGAAUGGCGAAACGCGUAUUGACUCACAGAUAAAUGUACCCGGACUCGAUACAAUUACGUCUAUGGCAUGGAGUGAGCAGGGUCUUGCAAUUGCAGAUACAAACAAUGCUGUUGUUUUGGUCAAAACAGAAACAAGCUCGACUGCAGAAGCCCCGUCAGUUAUCCUUGAUCGAUCUCGAUUCAAAGUAACAGAUUUGGCCUGGGUGGACGGAAAACUGUUAGUUUCACAAGCUGGCAAGGUAACUGUCACUGGAGGCUGGAAGAAAAACGAGUUCGAAGUGGGGUUCGCUACCAGUGUGGGGGUAGUUGGAGUAGGAGAUAGCUGGGCCAUUUUCGGAGCCCAUGGCGAGGUUUAUACCAAGGGUUCAGCAUUUAAUAUCGGCUCAAAAGCCGUAUCAACUUAUGGUGUCGCUGUUCACCCGAACAACCAGUAUGUGGCUGUUUUAUAUGACUCCAAGACGGACAAGGGACUACGAUACCCAAUUCUUUCUUCGAGUCAUGCCAAAAUCCAUUUUUACCCGUUGAAAACCAAACUAGAUCUUAGGUCCUCAACUAAAGGAUCUCCAGUCAUUGAUUGGGUGUUUAUGGAUGAAUCACUAGAGCUAAAGCCCAGGAAGCUCUCUGUUCCCAAGGGCUCACUGGACGUGGCUCUGACUGUCUUGUCCAGAUCUGAGGGCUUGGAUGUACUCAGAUACAAGUUGCACUUUGGAGACAAAGAUGCCGAAGCCACGAUCAGACAGACUUUAGCCGGUACGGUGCUUGGAUCGUUUUUCAGAGACCAAAGCGGCCUCCCCGAUCUAGACCGGGCGAUAUUAUGGUCCAUGUCGCAGUUCUGCAAAACCAAACCGAAAACCACCAAUCUUGGAACGUCAGUUAUUGAAAUAAAGGGCGACUUCUUCACCGAGUCGUUCGAUUUCGCUGAUGCUACCGACCCAGAUGCAAUCCAGUCGCUCGGGGGACGCCGCUGGCGGCGAUGCUCUUUGACUUUAUUGCCUGUUUUGACUCAGAACACUUUGGUGUCCAGUGGAGGUGACUAUACCAAGCUAGAUCCAAGAUAUUUUGAUGAAGGGUCGUUGGGUAAAACGAUUCUAUAG